CUCUAUCCCCUUUCUCUUUCUGUCUGUCUCUGUCUCUCUGUCCCUCACUCAACCCCAUCGUCCUCCUCUCUCUCUCUCUCUCUCUCUCUCUCUUUGUCUCUACCUGAAGUCCAGACUACUCAAGGAAAGAGCUUCCCCAAACCUUUCGCAUUUAAUCUCGUAACAUUUGUACGAAAGAAUCUUUACAUUUGAUGCGUAAUCGUUAGUGCUCGCCAUAUACUACUUAGAGAUGGAGGUGGAAUAUCAAGAGGAGUAUAUCAGGAAUUCUAGAGGUGUGCAGCUCUUUACCUGCAGAUGGCUGCCUUCUACUUCUUCACCAAAGGCCUUGGUUUUCCUUUGCCAUGGGUAUGGCAUGGAAUGCAGCGGUUUCAUGAGAGGGUGUGGGACGAGGCUGGCGAGUGCAGGAUAUGGGGUGGUGGGGAUGGACUACGAAGGGCACGGGAGGUCUAUGGGGGCCCGCUGUUACAUCAAGAAGUUUAAUGACAUUGUUUCUGAUUGCCACAACUUCUUCAAGUCUGUCUGUGAAGAAGAAGGGCACCGAGGAAAACACAGGUUCUUGUAUGGAGAGUCGAUGGGUGGAGCGGUGGCGCUUCUGCUUCAUAAGAAGGACCCCACCUUCUGGCACGGUGCGGUUCUCGUGGCUCCUAUGUGCAAGAUUUCAGAGAAGGUGAAGCCGCACCCAGUGGUUGUGAGCUUAUUGACACAAGUGGAAGAGAUCAUCCCUAAAUGGAAGGUUGUUCCUACCAAGGACGUCAUUGAUUCUACUUUUAAAGAUCCCAUCAAGCGAGAAGAGAUACGAAACAACAGGCUGAUAUACCAAGACAAGCCUAGACUGAAGACAGCUCUGGAGAUGCUCAGGACGAGCAUGAGCCUUGAGGACAGCUUGAAUCAGGUGACCAUCCCAUUCUUCCUGCUGCAUGGAGAAGCAGACACAGUGACUGAUCCAGAAGUGAGUCGAGCAUUAUACGAACAUGCGGCCAGCAAAGACAAGACCAUGAAGCUCUACGCCGGAAUGUGGCAUGGCCUUACCUCCGGCGAACCCGAUCACAAUAUAGAGAUCGUUUUUGCAGACAUCAUAUCCUGGCUUGACAAGCGAACUGAUAUAAGCGACGAAAAUGCAAUGUUGAUGGCUAAUCAACCCCUGAUUCUCUGUCCUGACCCACCCACAUUAGAGCAGUUGGGGCGACUGACCCCACUGACACCGUCGAUGGAGAAGGAUCGAGAGCAGCGACGGCGACACAAGCAGAGCACACGCGACCUACGUAGUUGUCUUUGUGGUUGGAAGGGACGGCGUAUGCACCACCAUCACUCUGCCAUGUAGUCAACUAUUCAUAUAGAUGUACUCCUAUGUCCAAUCCUCCCUUCAUCCCACGCCCUUUAAUUCUUAUCGAAGUCAAAGAAAACUACAAAUUAAACAAAAAAAUAAAUAAAAAAUAAAAUGUAUAAAUAAACCUUGGCCCUAAAGUUUAUAGAUUAUUUGUAUGAGUUGA